UUGUGUGCCGUGCCGGACUAAGGUUUAACGAUAUCACUCGGAUUUUUCUGCCGAAAGCAUCUCAAUCUCAAUCUCACGCAGGUUAGGUUGUAGCUGUGCGAUACUCCCAAGCGACGGAACGUUGACUGGCAGACUGCCCUUCUCAUCUCAUAACAACCUCAUCCUCAUCUUCUACCAAUCAGUGCAAUUUUUUCGUAUCUGAAGUUGCUUUGAUCAUAUCAUGGCAAGUGGCGGCAGCGAGGAGUCGAGGAAGCUGAAGCUCUAUUCUUACUGGAGAAGCUCUUGCUCUUGCCGCGUACGGAUUGCUCUCAGUCUGAAAGAUCUGGAUUAUGAAUACAUUCCGGUUAACUUGUUGAAGGGAGAGCAGAAAUCCCCAGAAUUUCUGAAGCUUAAUCCGGUUGGAGUAGUACCCGUGCUUGUGGACGGCGACUUUGUUGUUGCUGACUCUUUGGCAAUUUUGUUGUAUUUGGAAGAGAAGUAUCCUCAAAGGUCACUGUUGCCUAAGGAUCUUCAGAAGAAGGCUCUGAACUACCAGGCAGCAAGUAUUGUUGCUUCAAGUAUACAGACGUAUCAGAAUUUGCCCAUCAUUGUAUAUGUCAAAGAAAAGCUCGGCCAGGACGAGAUGCUUUCUUGGAUUCAGAAUCAUAUUAAAAAUGGAUUCCUUGCACUGGAGAAGCUACUGCAAAGCCAUGCCGGAACAUAUGCUACAGGAGAUGAAGUUUUCCUGGCUGAUUUGUUCUUGGCACCUCAAAUCGAUGCUGCAGUGAAAAGAUUUAAUCUUGACAUGAAUGAGUAUCCUGUGCUGGGGAAGCUCCAUGAAUCAUACAAGGUGCAUCCUGGUUUCCAGUCUGCCAUGCCUGAAAAUCAGCCAGACACACCACCCACUGCCACCCACUAACUCCACUAGGCGACCAAUAUAUUAAUUUGUCCCUUAUGGGAGGACUCAUCAUAAUAUAAUAUAUUAUAAUAAAAAGAGUAUUAUUGCUCUUUAUAGUACGACAUGAGGCCUUGGGGGUUGGGGGGAUUAAACCAUGACCUUAAAGUAACAAGUUCAACCUCUACGCUACGAGGUCAUCUCGUACUAUAAAACUAUAACAUUUGAAUAGAUUGUAUAUGACAAUAGUCACGUACUAUAAUUGAAACCGAAAUAUGAGUUAUAUAAAAUAAUAUAUUGGUGUUUAUUUGUGGAA